AUGAUUCAUGACGGCGACAGCUUGAGACGGAGACCCGAAGCCUACAAAGUCAAUAUUUCUGAAAAUGAAGCUACCGAGCACACUGCGACAGCUUCGCCUGCUGAAUAUGUGCCUCAAUCUGCCGUGUCCGGCAAUUUGAAGGAUGCAGGAUUGAUUGCGGCCGCAGCGCAUGCUACGGUACCAAACUGGGCCAAUAUGAUUCUGAUGAUUUCGCUCAUCUUUGGGGGCUGCUGUGCAAAUGUAUUUACACUCGAGGCCAUUAUCAAAGAACAGUCUACCGCAGGUCCUUUAAUCACCUUCGCACAAUUCGUUCUAUGUGCUAUCUUCACUCUUCCCCAUUUCCUUUCCUUCUCUGCGGGGCCUCGAAACCUGUUUCUUGGCCCACGAGCGAUUCCACUCCGAUCAUGGCUGAUUUAUACCGCAUUUUUCGUCUCUGUGAAUAUGUUAAACAAUUGGGCUUUUGCAUAUAAAAUCUCCGUGCCUCUUCAUAUCAUCAUCCGGUCUGGUGGCCCCGUCGCUUCCAUGGUUGUGGGAUAUAUCUUCAAUGGUAGAAGGUAUUCUCGGGGCCAAAUCCUCGCGGUGGCCAUGCUGACGGCAGGUGUGGUGGCCGCCGCCCUCGCUGAUGCCCAGGCCAAAGGUCAGAACGUGGAGAUGACAUCCGACUUGGACAAGGCCGCCAUGACCACCACGAUUGGAUUCACUAUUCUUGCAUUGGCUAUGGUUCUGUCGGCUUUCCAGGGGAUCUAUGCCGACCGACUAUAUGCGACCUAUGGCCGUGAUCACUGGAAGGAGGCGUUGUUCUAUUCGCACACCCUUUCUCUGCCAUUGUUCAUAACCAGUUACUCGCAGUUGUCAUCACAGUGGCAUGUGGUGUCGUCCUCGCCAUCGUUCCUAUCCAAGAUUUCCGAUGGGUCAGCCCUGUCUGAUCUUUCUUGCAAUACGACACUAUCAGCGCUGUUGACGGUCAUUCGGAAUCAUGCUUCGAUUCAAUCGCUUCUAGAUCAGCUUCCGAUCCAAGUGGCUUAUCUGAUGAUGAAUGCAUUGACCCAGUAUUUGUGCAUCCGAGGCGUACAUCUGCUAUCGGCCAAAUCCUCCUCGUUAACGGUGACCGUGGUGCUGAACAUUCGCAAGCUUGUAUCACUUUUACUGUCAAUCUACCUAUUUGGAAAUCAUCUAGCAUCCGGGGUUUUGGUCGGCGCUAUCUUAGUCUUCCUUGGUGGAGGGUUAUAUGGAUUUGAAGGAGCUCGGCUGCGGAAGGUGGCCACUAAGAAGGUCCAGUGA